AUGCUAGCUGCGCCCCAGCUUCUCGUGCCAACUUUGCCGAGGCCGCCUUCAUUUUCACACCAAGCCGUCCCGGGCCCGGCGACUCCAUGCAGGCGGCAGGUGCUCUCAGCCAGCGCGGCUUUCUUGGCAGCAGGCCUCGGCUCCUUCAGAAGACGGCUUGGGGCGACGUCGAUCCUUCGGUCGACCGAAGCCGCCUCCCCACAGAGGAAAGGGCGUCAGGUGGUUCCUUUGGGGCCUUGGCUCCAGAGGUUCUUCUCCCUUCGGAACAGGCAAUUCUGGAACUACUCCGUCUCACCGAGGAACUAUUUUUUCGCGCGCAGGUGGUGUGCUGAAGAUUCUCGCCAAGCGAUCUUCGUAGCCAUCGUGCAUUUAGGGGCUCUGGCUGCUCCCUUCUUCUUUACGUGGAAGGCAUUCGCCUGCUUCUGCGUUGGCUACGUGAUGACAGGCAUGCUCGGGGUGACGCUGUCGUACCACCGGCAGCUGUCUCAUCGGUCGUUCGUGACCCCGAAGUGGUUAGAGUAUUUUCUCGCCUACUGCGGCGCCUUAGCCGUUCAGGGGCCGCCAAUCAGUUGGGUAUCUUCCCAUCGGCAUCACCAUGGGAACACCGAUGCCGAGGAUGAUGUGCACUCUCCUCGCGACGGAUUCUGGUGGUCUCACAUGGGGUGGCUAUUUGAUGCGGAUGGAACAAAGAUCCGGCGCGACAAGAAGAACGCAUCAGAUUUGUCGUCGCAGCGGUUCUACCAGUUCCUUCAGAAGACUUAUGGUAUACACUGUGUGGUGCUGCCAAUCUUGGCCCUCUACGCGUACGGCGGUUUGCCCUGCGUUCUGUGGGGCUUUUUCGUUCGCGUAGUUUGGUUCUGGCACAUCACCUGGGCUGUAAAUUCUGUCAGCCACGUCUGGGGAUUUCAAGACUGGAAGACAGGCGAUCUCUCGAUGAACAACUGGCUUAUCGGGAUCUUGGCCUUCGGCGAGGGCUGGCACAACAAUCACCACGCCUUUGAGCGGUCGUGCCGGCAUGGCUUGAAAUGGUGGCAGGUGGACUUCACUUGGUACACCGUCAAGUUCCUGGAGGCCUUCGGCUUGGCGACAAAGCUGCAGUAUCCCCCCGAGGGCAAGAUGCAGAAACUGGCGAUGUAA